AUGGAUUUGAGCGGUCGUAUUAAUGGACAGCGGAUGGAGUUGUUGAAUCAGUCCAAUUACAAGGUAUGGAAGACAUGUAUGCAGUCAUACCUUGUGAGAGAGGAUUUGUGGGAUGUUGUAAAUGGUAGUUACACAAGUCCUCCUAUUGACGGACCGGAAAAUAGCAGCGCAUACAAGAAGUGGAAACAGAUUAAUGCGAAAGCGGAGUUCAUCCUAAAAAGGUCCAUUUCUCACAACUUAUUUGAUCAUAUUAUUAGGUGCAAAUCAGCUCAUCAGAUAUGGAGGACCCUUGAUCGACUGUUCAACAAGAAGGAUGAAGCCCGACUACAGAUAUUGGAGAAUGAAUUGACGAACACCACUCAAGGACACAUAAUAAGAUAUUGCCGAACAAAAGAGAGCAACAUGGCUCAAGUUGAGAAAGCUGCUGAAGAAGAAGAGGACUAG